AUGGUCCGCGUAGAAAUCGGCGGCAGGCCUAUUAUUGAUGUUGACACCCGCCCCGGAGAUGUCGGGCGGCUCAAGCAGCAAAUCCGGCGUAGGAUGCGAGGAGGAGGCCGGUCCGUGCAUCUGAGCUGGACGACGACGACGCCGCGACUCGUCCUGACCAGUGACACCGAGGACUUUGAUCCGACCAUCAUCUCUCAUUUCCAGGAAGAAGGAUUCCAGCUGAGCUAUCUCCAGUAUGCGGGAGACAAGGCGGGUUAUAUGGCACAGCUGCAACAUUUGCAAGAUCCCUUAGAGUUAGGGGAGCGCUACGCCAUCGUAGCGUACGGCGACGCCGCAAGCCUGGUUCUGGAAGCCUGUAUGAAGCCCAUGCCCAAGCUCGUUGCCGUUGUCGCAUACUACCCAGACCACGUCCCGAAAUCCACCACCGAUUUCCCUCCGACCCUGAACGUGCUGAUCCACCUAGCCGCCUCACAGAGAUGGGGCACACGAUUUCCGUCGUACCGAUACGAGAACACCGUGCCAGGAUUCGCCGAGCACGACCUCGACGAAUUCGACAAGAUUGGCGCCUCGUUGGCCUGGUCACGGACUCUCGGCCUACUUCGCUUGGGUUUCGACAUUGAAGGUCCGGACAUCGAGGCCAUCUGGGAAGCGCACACGCGACUCGAGUUUGCGGAAAAGGACGCCGACAAGACCAUGGCGACCAUGGUGCCUCAACCGUACGUGAACCACGUGCCCACCAUGACAGGUGGCAUCGGCCACGACCAGCUCCGCCGCUUCUACGCCGAGUUCUUCAUCCCCAACAACCCGGCUGACAUGCGGAUCCGGCUCCUGAGCCGCACCGUCGGCGUGGACAGGGUGGUCGACGAAAUGUUCGUCUCCUUCACCCACACCACCGAGAUCCCCUGGAUGCUGCCCGGCGUGCCGCCCACGAACAAAAAAGUCGAGGUCGUGCUGGUCAGCGUCGUGUGCCUCCGUGGCGGCAAGCUGUUCCACGAACACAUCCAUUGGGACCAGGCCACCGUGCUCGUCCAGGUGGGUCUGCUUGACCCAAAGUACAUUCCGAAAACGUUCAAGACUGCCGAGGAAGGCCGCGAGGAAGAGGUCGAACGCCUGCCUGUUUGGGGAAGGGAAGCCGCGAGGAAAGUUCUGGACGAGGAUAGCUCGCAGAGCAACGAGUUGAUUCCGGAUUGGUAA